GGUAGGGAGAAGAAGGGGGGGGGGAACAAGAGGACUAGAAGGCGGGGCUAAAAGAGACGCCAAUAAGAGCCCGGCGGAUUUGGAAGGGAGGUCUUAUUGGCGGAGCUGGGUGCCUUUCACGCGCGGAGGGGUAGGAUGAAAAGCGAGAGGGGCGGCCUAUGUGUGUGAGGGUGUGUGUGUGUGGCGCGCGCGCGGAGUGGAGGGAGGAGGGAAGCGCGCGCCUGGCAGCGGUCACGUGUUGUUUUGCUCUUCGCGGCGAGAAGUUCCUCGGAGGCGUCCGUGGUCCUGAAAGGCAGCGCUGAGGAGAAGGGGAUGGAGCCGGCCGGCAGGGCCCUCCAGGCGGCGACGACGACGACAGAGGCCCAGGCGCCGCUUCCCCCUCCGCCGCCUUUGCCCCCAGACGUGCGGAAGACGGGCUACCUGCGCAAGCACCACAAGCACGGGCACCGGCGCUUCUUCGUGCUGCGGGGGCCUCCCGGAGAGGCCUCUCCAGAGGGACCGGCGUCGUCGUCGUCCUCGGCGCGACUGGAGUACUACGAGAGCGAGAAGAAGUGGCGCGGGAAGGCGUCUCCGGUGCCGAAGCGGAGCCUGGCGCUGGAGGGCUGCCUGCAGGUGCACAAGCGGGCCGACGCCCGGCACCGGCACUUGGUGGCGCUCUUCGCGCGGGGCGAGUCCUGGGCGCUGGCAGCCGAGAGCGCGGACGAGCAGGAGGGCUGGUACCAAGCCAUCGCCGCCCUCCUCCCCGCCGCGGGGGGCUCUCCGCCCGAUGAGGGCUGUGGCGGCGAGGACGACGAAGGCCUCGAGGACGACGCAGGGGGCGCGGAGGAGGGCUCCGGCGGGGGCUCCUUCCUGGAGGUGUGGCAGGUGUCUGUGCGUGCGCGCGGGCUGGGCCAGAGCCGGGGCCUCUCGGGCGUGCAGCGGCUGUGCCUGGCGCGGCGGAGCGUGGCGCUGGUGCGGCUGAAGGGCGAGCGGCCCAGCGUGGCCUUACCCCUCAUGAGCAUCCGCCGCUGCGGCCACUCGGACGGCUUCUUCUUCCUCGAGCUGGGCCGCUCCGCCGCCACGGGGCCCGGCGAGCUCUGGAUGCAGGCCGGCGACGCCGUGGUGGCGCAGAGCAUCCACGAGACCGUGCUGGGCGCCAUGCGGGCCCUGCGCGAGCCCCGCCCCGCGCGCCCCCGCAGCAAGAGCCAGUCCUCCUCCUCCGCCUCCUCGGCCUCCUCUUCCUCCUCCUCCUCUUCCUCCUUCAUGUGCAGCCGGCCCAUCUCCGUCCCGGGACCCCGGCGGCACCCCCUGCCCUCUAGCAGAACCGGCCUCUUCCUCCGCCGCUCCAGGACGGACAUCUUGGCGCCCCCCAGCGGAGAAGGAGACAGCCCCCUCAGCCCUGAGCCUGCCCAGGCACCCCAGAAGAGCUCUUCUCUAGCACCCCGAAGCAGCAGCAGCAGCACCCCCGAGACGCCCCCUCCUCUGGGCAGCUAUGUCGCCAUGGAGCGUGGCCAUCCCCCCCGGAAGCGCACGCUCUCAUUAACAGCGCCCACCCAGCCCUGCCUCGUACCCCUCGCCUCGGCCUCCCUGGAUGAAUACACCCUCAUGCGGGCCACCUUACCUGUCAAGGCCUCCCCUUGCUCUCGGGCGGCCUCGGCGCUUUAUCCUGAGGAUUAUUGCGACCUGGAGGUGGGCUCCUCAGGCAAGGAGGACACUCCCUACAUGCCCAUGGCCCCCAGGACACUCCCCGUUUUGCCCUUGCAGGAGGGCUGCGACACCUUCCUGUCCCUCAGCCCCACCGGUGUGUCUCUGUCACACCCGCUCCCCUACCGGAUCAGCAGUGGGAGCUCCUCCGAUGACAGCGGCUACAUGCAAAUGUGGGGCACUGGCCAAACCAGGCUGUCCGGGGAGAGUCCCGCCACCGGAGACUAUAUCAACAUGUCCCCUUUGCUCUUCCCCCCCUUGUGUGGACCUUCUCCUUUGGCCUGUUCUUCGGAGGGCUACGGCACCCAGAGCCCCGGGGAGCAGUCCAGGUGCUUCUGUAGCGCUCCCUAUGCCUCCUGGAGCCCCGGGGAAGGAAAGAACAGUGACCAGUAUGUGCUGAUGAAUUCCCCAGGUGGGAAGCUAGGCCUGCCUCCCAAAGCAGAGGGCAGCCACACCGCAACGCCUUUCCCUGUGCGCCACAGCCAAACAGAGCCUUUCCUCAGUCGCCAUUCUUUACGGUUGUCACUACCCAGCAGGGAGGAUCCCCCCACCUUGAAUGAACCCCAGAGCCCCAGUGGGGAAUAUGUCAACAUUAGCUACUCCCAGGCACCACCCUUUGACAGCUCCACCUUCCUGCUCGGCUCUAGUUUGGGUGGUCGAAGCAGACCACAGGACUCCAGUUAUACAAACAUCACAUCGGAAGGGUCGCAGUCGGGUGCCCUCUCAGUGGGGUCCCUGGAGGAAGCGCUUUUGCCAGAAGUCUCCCCUAGCCCUGAGUCGUCUGGCAAGCCUUAUGUAAAGGUCGGGGUACAGCAGGCUUGCCUUUCCAGCCCACUUUCUGAGGCUGGUGACUACACGGAAAUGUUUUUCACCACAGCCACUGCUCCACCCCAGCCCAUCUCACAUAAGCCAGAAACAGUCCGUGUGAGCAGCCCGGUGGCUGGCCUGAAGCGGCUUACGCUUUCUGGAAUGGAGACCUUCCUCUUGGCCAGCCCUCCUCCUGAUCCCAACCAAGGGGCCAAAGUCAUCCGUGCCGAUCCUCAGGGGCGCCGCAGGCACAGCUCAGAGACAUUCUCCUCCACUACCACCGUGACCCCCGUUUCUCCUUCUUUUGCACACAAACCUAAGCGGCACAACUCCGCCUCUGUGGAAAAUGUGUCCCUCAGGAAAAACGAAGGCCUCGUGGAAGAGCAAAAUGGCAGCCCCAUGUGCCGGGAGACGUCUGCUGGCUUUCAGCAUGGCCUCAACCACAUUGCUCUUGAUGUGGAAGAAGGAGACCAUCUGGCCAAUGCUUAUCAAGGGAAGCACAAAGGCAAGCAUCCUCUCAAUGGGAGUAUUGAUGGCACUUACACCACUAUAGACUUCCGGAACCGCAAUGAAGCUUCAUCGGUAAAAGUUUGUUAAGAGUUGUUGCCGUAUUGAUUCCAGAGAACAAGAGACAAAGUUGGUAAGAAUGAAGAAACAAGAUUCACCAUCAUGACCUCUGAAUCCAUUUUAAAAGCUGCUUGUAGAUUUUUUUCAAGAGAUUACAUCUUAAACAGCUUUAAGACCUGCUUGAUUUUUUUCCGUCUUAUGUAGCUUUCAGAACAGUUCUUUAUUGUAUUGAAGAGGAACCAAACCAUCUAGGAUGUUUUGCAAGAUUAAUCUUGCAGAGACUGUGGAUCUCUUCAUUUGGCUUAUUGAUCAUAACCAUUACCUUUUCGGUACAAAUAAACUGUGUGUGUUCUUCAGCAUGUUGGGAUGUUCUGCUUGCACCUGCUAUAGCAGUGAAGAGUGGUGUUUACUGGUGUCCUUUCAAACCUCUGCAGCACUACCUCAGUUAAGAGUAGAACUGAAUUUGCAUUGCAUUGGCUGGCCUUACUGCUGAAUGUUGAACAGUCACCAACCUUUGGGACCUUAUCAAGAAUAACAGGAUGCUGCUGGUCAGUUGCUUCCCAGUUACUAGCUGCUCUGUUGAUUUAUCAAGAGAAGAUCAGGAUGAGAAACGAAAGAUUUAAACCAAAAAGAAACUUGAACGUUUGGAUUUUAUGAAAAUAUUUAUGAUCAUUAUACAAUAUGUAAUAGAAGCAACAGAAACUUAGUAUCAUUAAACUCUAUUGGGAAGUCAUUCUUUACCUCUGACACAUUUGUAUAAUUGUCUUGAUAGGUUGUUUUUUUUUAAUGCUUCAGAUUGCAAAAACGUUUCCUGCUAUGUAUUAGCAAAUCCUAUUAGUUGCAUUUCUUGUUACCAAAAGCCACAACAGGGAAUGGAUGGAUCAAAACAUGUGUCCAAACCAAAAACUUCAUUUUGGGCAGGAUACUGUAUCAAUUCUUUUUCCUUCUAGGCAGAAUGAAAUUUCCCAUAAAAGGAACAGCAUAAAAUUUGGGCAUAUUUGGGUUAAAAAUACCAGUAUUCUAGUAAAACAUAUUGAGAAGUAUGUACCUACUCUGUAUUUUGAAGAUAAAUGUCCUGAUUGCUCUUUUUACAUUCACAUUACAGGUUACAUUACAUUCAUCCUCUUCUUGCUUCUAUACCUCUCCUGAGUCUCAUGUGACAGCAAAAACAAAAAGGGACUUGGGAAAAGCAGGUUCAGUUUCCAGAUGAGCCACCAAGCUCACUUGUUGGUAUUGGAUCAGACUCACUCUACCAGCUUGGCCUGCCUCGGAGUGAACUUUAUAUACUCAUGUAUAAGUCUGCGAUUUUUAGUCAAAGAUCAAUGCAGCUUAUUCACAUGUACUGUACUUUAACUCCCUUUUUUUUAUAAGGAACCAUCCUCCUCUCUGAGAAGGGUAGCAAAAGGCAUGGGAGAGAAACUCAAGAAAGCAUCAAUCCUAUCUACAUUCUCCACCGCAGCAUUACUUUGAAUAAUUUAUAAUGCCAGGAUGGAAAAAUUGUGAUGAUCGCUUACACAUGAGUAUAUAUGGUAGUUAUGAGGAUGGAAUGGGACAGUUAUUCCAACCUGAACUCUCUGGAGGUAAGGCAGGAGGUAAAUCUAAUGAAUUAACAGUCAGCUCGGUGUCAUCAGAAAUGCUUUACAUUGCUAACUAAGGGAGGAAAAGGAACCAGUGCCCUAGUGUUCUGACGAAAUGCCAUGCAAACUCAUUUCACUUCCAUGCUAAGUGUUUGGAUUGAAGAUUGUAUAACAAGACAUAUCUGAAUGUAAUCUCCACCUAUUAAAUAUUGCUUUGAGAACUUAGGAGGAGAAUAUUAUAUUGAAUAUCUUGGUAAAAAUCACAAAGAUAACAAAAAAUUAAGUGACAGUCCUAUUACGUUAUUUAAAACAACCUUCACUUCUCUGCCUCAGUUAAUUUAUUGAUGAUGAUGUUCCCGGCCAAUGAGAGAUUUUGAUAUGGCAGUUGUUGAAAUCAGAAAAUGAUCACUGUAAGAUAUGAGGAAAUCUGUUAGUUCCUGAUGCCACAAUAGUUAAUUAGGUAGAUAGCAUAUAAAAUAAAGGAGAUGAAAUAUUGGGGGUGGGGGGGGGAAAGUAAAUUCUUUUCAGUGCUAUACAUUUCAUAAAAGGCUUAUGCAAAUACGUACAUUCUUAGUUAUCAUAUUGAACCCAAAUGUAUAAUUGAUAAGUUUGCUAAAAAAAAUUGCCUAAUUUUACCUUAAAUUUUGAAUAUUUUUUGCUAUUUAAAAUUAAUGGUUAUAAAUAGAGUUUUUCUUUUAGAGAUAUAUAAUUGUUCCUAGAUAUCAAGAUACUAAAUAUAUUUCUUGCCAUUGUGAUAUGGCAAAACACUUAACUUAUCUUGCUCUGUCUUCCAAUGUAUACUAUGUAUAUAGGUGUAAUCAGUGAUGCUGCUAGGAAAGAGAAAAAUGAAACUAGACUAGCAUAUGUAUUUAGUCUCUAUUGAUCCUGACUGCUCUCUUUAAUAGCCAUAUGCAAUAAAAUGUUAUUUAUUAAAGGAACAAUGUCUUUGAGGGCCUGUGUAUUAACAUUGGGGUGGGGGAGCUGGUCAGAGCUGCAACAUCAAAACAGGAACAUGCAAGGAUUAUGGGUGCAGCCUUAUGGAUUGAUGGAUGCAGCAAAUGAAGGCUACUGUGAAAUUAUCCACUGUGGGGGGCUUGGAGACCAUUCUGUCCCCAAGUAUGUGUGCCCAUUUUCUUGUUCCAGGGUGACGCCAACACUAAAAAUAGGGACUUGCAUAGGAUAUUUUAAAAGGUAAACCAGUGGUUCCCAACCUUUGAUCCUCCAAGUGUUUUGGACUUCAACUCCCAGAAAUCCCAGUCAUCUUACCAGCUGUUAGGAAUUGUUCAGGAAUUGUGGGAACUGAAGUCCAAAACACCUGGAGGACCGAAGGUUGGGAACCACUGUGGUAGAUGAAGGAAGCACUUGUAUAGAACCAGUUACGGCAAGAUCAUCCUCGCCUUGCAGCUGUCCCAGCUAGAGAGAAAGGGAGAUGAAAACCCCACUAGUUACCAAAGGAAAGCAUGUGGUCUCACCCCUUUUGACAGUGGUUCUCAACCUGGGAUCCCCAGAUGUUUUUGGCCUUCAACUCCCAGAAAUCCUAACAGCUGGUAAAUUGGCUGGGAUUUCUGAGAGUUGUAGGCCAAAAACAUCUGGGAACCCCAUGUUGAGAACCACUGCCUUAUGACCUGGAAUAUUUAUACAUUAAGUUUAGGAGAUCGUUGCUUCCUUUCUUCCUUGUUCAAAGACAAACUGUUUUAAACCCAUUCCAGGCUAGGCCAGGAAAGUUCUGUGACUUGUGCAGGUACGAUGACAAUCACCUUUGGUGACAAGUGGCAUAUCUACUACAGCCUGUUCUUUGUAGAGGCUUUUUUGUUUAUCAAAAUAUUCUUUAUAAUACAGCUAUCAAUAAAUUUUACUAGUGGAAAAACA